CAGCCAGACCACACAGCUGGGCCCAGCUUUGGCUGACUUCUCUCUGCCUAGGGAACCCCCGGGACCUUGUUUUUAUUCCCCAAGAUCAAGGCGGCAAUUGCCUCUGUCCACAAUGAAUGUCGUCCUCUCCAGGGACAGUCAGGUGAAGGCCAUGGAGAACACUGUGACCAACGCUGAGAGGUAUUUCGGUCAGUUCUGCUCGCUGCUGGCCUCCUACACGCGCAAGACAGCCCGGCUGCGUGACAAGGCCGACCAGCUGGUGAAGCAGCUCAUGGAUUUUGCCAACACUGAGAACCCGGAGCUUAGGGCUACCAUGCGAGACUUUGCCGAGGACCUGGCCAAAGUGCAGGAUUACAGGCAGGCAGAGGUUGAGAGGCUGGAGGCCAAGGUCAUCAGCCCCCUGAAGCUCUAUGGAGCCCAGAUAAAGCAGACCCAGGCAGAUAUUAAGAAAUGUAAACGUGUCCAAAAUAAUGAGAUCAAGCAACUGGAAAAGCUGGAGAAAUUAAGGCAGAAGUCACCCUCAGAUCGACAAAUGAUUUCCCAGGCGGAAACCAGUGCACAGAGGGCCUCUGUGGACACCAACCGCUCUACCCACCACCUGGCAGAGACAGUGGAUGCCUUCCAGGAGCAGAAGCUAAAGGACCUCCGGAGAAUCUUCUCUGACUUUGUGACCAUCGAGAUGGUUUUCCACGCAAAGGCCGUGGAGGUGUAUUCCAGCGCUUUCAGGACCCUGGAGAGCUACGACCUGGAGCGAGACCUGCAGGACUUCAGAGCCAAGAUGCACGGAAUUUAUGGGCACAGUGAAGCUCGGCCACCCACAGACACCAGCCCCUCUCCAUCUCUCCCUUGGCCUCUGGUCAGCCAGAGUGUUCAGAGCACCGUGGCAGGCCAGGGAAAAGACGAGGAGGAGAGUGAGGCAGACUCUGUGGAGGAGAUCCCCCUGGAGGACCUCAAGGGACAGCAGCAGGGACGCCGUGACUAGGAAGAGGAUGCAGUAGCAGGUUGAAGGCCUAGGCUGGCCUGGACCCUGGUGGGCUCUGCUCGUGUCCUCAGGUCAGGGAUCCCCGGAGCCUCACUUCCCUUAUCGGUACAGCAAGCUGCUCUGCGGACUCCUACUCCUGGUGUCAGUGAGAGACACGUGACUUUCAGUUGCAUCCUUGCUUUGCCUGUUUCCUGCCUUCAUCUGGGGACAGGAGUCUCCACAUGUGUUAAUGCUAAAGUGUGGUGGAUUAGUUUUGGGGGUCUUCCUGGUCAAGUACCACCAACGGGGAGGCUAAAGCAGCAGAAGAAUAGACCGCCCUACCCAGAAGCUGCCAUCCACAUCAGGUGUUGGAGGGCUAGCUCCUCCAGAGCGGGGAGGUAUGGGCAGCCUAGGCCUCUGUCCAGCUUCUGGCUCGUGCAGUCUGUUCCUGUGGCCACGAUGCCCAAUGUCUGCUUUUGAUUCUACAUGGUGUUCUCCCUAAGUGCACCGAAGUCUGUGCCCAAAUGCCCCCUUCUGUAAGCUGAGGACCCCUGCUGUGGUUGCCUUCCAACCCCUGCACAAGGACCAUUUUCAGGCUCUGCACCCUAGGACUUAACUCUUCAAUACACACACUUGGCAGAUAGGCACAGAUCUC